AUGGAUCUGGAUUCUAGUGCAGGUAUUUGGAUAAGAUGCUUAGGAAAUGACUCUUUGCUGCAGCCUCUGUGGGACAGUCUGAGGCUCAACUACAGAGACUAUUUGAGAUCUCCUCUCUUCCCUGUUGUUUUGACCGUGUCCUCCUACUUUGUCCUGUGUCUCCCUUUCCUUCUUUGCGACAUCAUGGGAGAAAGGUGGGCAUGGGUCCAGCAGUUCAAGAUCCAGCCCAGCUGUUGUCCUACAGCCUCCACACUGCUGCACUGUGCAGGUGUCACCUUGUACAACCAUGUGUUCCUUGUGCUCCCGGCAUCAGUGGCCCAAUGGGCAUGGAGGCCACCUGUGGACCUGCCAGACCGAGCUCCGUCCCUGCUGGAGUUUGUUGGUGGGGUGAUAGCCAACCUCCUGCUCUUUGACUUCCAGUACUUCAUCUGGCACCUGCUCCAUCACAGGAUCCGCUGGCUGUACGUCACCUUCCAUGCCAUCCAUCAUAAUUACUCAUCUCCCUUUGCUCUGGCCACCCAGUGCCUCGGUGGCUGGGAGUUGGUCACAGUGGGCUUCUGGACCACUCUGAAUCCUGUGAUCCUGAGAUGCCACCUUCUCACCACGUGGGCCUUCAUGGUGCUGCAUGUCUACGUUUCCAUUGAGGAUCACUGUGGUUAUGAUUUCCCCUGGUCCAUGUCACGCCUGAUACCGUUUGGCAUCUACGGAGGGCCCAGCAAACACGACGUGCACCAUCAGAAACCCAAUACCAACUUUGCACCACACUUCAGCCACUGGGAUAAAAUAUUUGGCACGCAUGCUGAUUUCAGCUUCUCUGCUGCUAUGAAAUAG